AUCACAAUGGAGAACGUGACUCCUAGCGCUGUCACUAACCUCACUGAACCUCUGAGCAAUAUGCCGGAGAACUCACUGGAAGUCCAGGUCAUCACCAUAUUUCUGUCCCUUCUCAUAUGUGGGGUUGGAAUAGCCGGCAACAUUAUGGUUGUCCUCGUCGUUCUCCGGACCAAACACAUGAUGACUCCAACUAACUGUUACCUGGUCAGCUUGGCUAUUGCGGACCUUAUUGUUCUCUUAGCAGCUGGGCUGCCCAACAUCUCUGAAGUGGUUUCUUCUUGGAUCUAUGGCUACGCUGGCUGCUUGUGUAUCACUUACUUGCAGUAUCUGGGAAUCAAUGUUUCCUCUUGCUCCAUCACAGCCUUCACUGUUGAGCGCUACAUCGCAAUAUGUCACUCUAUCAAGGCACAGUUCAUAUGUACUGUAUCCAGAGCCAAAAAGAUCAUCGCCUGCGUUUGGAUUUUCACCUCACUCUACUGCAUCAUGUGGUUUUUCCUUGUCGAUAUACAUGAGAUGGUUUACGCCAAUGGUGUUGUUGUAAGAUGUGGUUAUCGGGUGUCGAGGAACCUUUACAUGCCGAUUUACUUUUUGGACUUCACACUGUUUUAUGUAAUUCCACUGGUCGUGGCUACGGUGCUUUAUGGGUUGAUUGCUAGAAUAUUGUUCAUGAACCCUUUGCCUGCAAAUUUGUCAGAAAGAGGAAAUGACUCGAUCCACCAAGGAAGGACGAACAGCACAGUGAAGGUCUCCUGUAAGUCAAACAAAGAUGCAGUUUCCUCCAGAAAACAGGUGACCAAGAUGCUGGCAGUGGUGGUGGUAUUAUUUGCUCUCCUCUGGAUGCCCUAUCGCACUCUGGUGGUGGUGAACUCACUCAUGGACCCUCCAUACCUCAACACAUGGUUUCUGCUCUUCUGCCGCAUGAGCAUCUACACCAACAGCGCCAUCAACCCCAUAAUAUACAAUGCGAUGUCGCAAAAAUUCCGGACGGCUUUUAAGAAGCUCUGCCACUGCAAGGGUGCCACUUCUAAGGAGAAGGCGUCUAAAUGCAGUGCCCCAGUCUACUACAGUGUCAUCAAAGACUCCUCAAGUCCUGAAUACGAGACAGAGCAGGAGGAUAUUAGCACAUACAGCGUCUCAGCCAAGAGGGUGAACUUUAUCACCCAGACUGGAAGAGCAACCACUCCUGGGGAUGUUUAA